UAAGAUAUUUUACUCUGAAAAUUCCAAACGGAAGCACUUACUGUUUCCGGUUGAUGUCCUGUAAGUUUCAGUUUCCCGUAGUUCAUAAGUUUUAUUGAAUUCAGGAAUUUAAGUGCUGCGUCAUCGCUGCUGUUUAUUAUUCUGUGCAUUUCGCCUGUAAUUUGCAAUUGUUAAGUGUUGGAUUAAUAUCCCUCCACGGAUACAAGGCUGUGGAAGCGGCUGUCCAUGGCUCCUCUCCGGGUACUGUGCAUUCACGGUUACCGUCAGAACGGGAGCUCGUUCCGGGAGAAAACCGGAGCUCUGCGGAAGCUGCUGAAGAAGCAGCUGGAGCUGGUUUACAUCACCGCACCGCUCACCGUGCAGACAGAAGCUCCUAACCAGGAGAAUAGUUCAGUUCCAGCAGCAGGGGGCGAUGAAGAGCCUAGGGGCUGGUGGUUUUCUGACAUUCAGGCUCGGAGCUUCAGCGCUCAGCAGCACUGUGAGAAAAGCUCGGGCCUCGACGACAGCAUAUCGGCGGUGAGAGAAGCCGUGAAGACCCAGGGCCCGUUUGAUGGCGUCCUGGGAUUCAGUCAGGGAGCAGCUUUUGUUGCCAUGCUGUGUUCGCUCCAGGAGCAAAAACUGGAGCUGGAAUUCAACUUCCGCUUUGCCAUCCUUGUUGCCGGUUUCCGCAGCGCUUGUGAGGAGCAUCAAAAGUUCUACGACGCGCCGCUCCAAAUCCCGUCUCUGCACGUGUUCGGACUGGAGGACAGGGUCAUCCCUGACAGCAUGAGCAGGGAUCUUCUGCCCUGCUUCCAGGACCCUCAGCUCCUCAUACAUCCUGGAGGCCAUUUUGUUCCCGCUGCAGCUGCUCACAGGCAAAUGUAUCAGGAUUUUCUGAAGAGGUUCCAGUAAGACAACAAAAGCACUGAUUGAUUUUCUGUCAGAAGCUGCAUCAGAAUAAAAGCUGAAUCACUGGUAGAACUCGGUCCAGACACAGAUUGGAUCUGGUUCUGGACCUUUUUACACUCUUUUGUCUGAUAAGAAUAAGAUCAGCUGUUACACUGAGAGGUGUAACAUCAGUGUAAACUUGCUCAGGGAAAAUCUAAUGGAAAGAGCAAUAAAACAGAUUAUUUAAGAUUAUUAAGGUCUGCUUUGUGUGAGGAUGUUCAGUCGUUUGUAUAAAUACAUGCAUACCUAAAGCAUAUGACUUACAAUAGUUUUAAAUGGACAUAACACAGUAAUGGGUUUUAUUUCCUAAUAAAAUAGAUGUGAAGAAUGUGUUAAAUCAUAAAUUGUUUGAAAUUAAAUUGAAAUGGUGUUUAAAUAUAUGGGAACUUUAAGGUAUUCAACUGUAUUUCUGUAGUUUGUGAUAAAAAGAUUAAUAUGAUGACACAUAAUUAUAAAAAUACAUAACAAAAACUAAACAAAAUAAGGAUGCUUCAGUAAUUAACCUGAACCCUAGUAAAUGAUGAACACAGUGGAAGUAGUGUCAUGCUGUGGGAAUGCUUUCCUUCAGCAGGAAGCUGGUCAAAGUUGGUGAGAAGCUGGAUGGAGAUAAAUCUAGUUGUUACAACAUGUUGAAGACUUGACCGGGUCAGAGACUCGCCAUCCGACGAAACAUAAUUUAAAGCAGAGAAAACCUGGCAGGAUUUGAAAAAACUGGACAUGUAAUUGUUUGAUCUGUCUUGUGAAUAACGGGUAAAAAUUAAAAGUCUGAA